AGUGUGGAUCAACCGUCCAAAAUAAAAUGCAACAGAAAAAAUGCUCAACUAGCUAGCUAGGAUUUUAUGCUAUCUAAUGUUAGUAGAGGUUGAUUACCAGUAAAAAUAGCCCUUUGCCCGUGGGUAUUCAACGUUAAACAGCCAGUAUGGAAAGGCGGAACGUGGACGAAAAGUUGAGCGCCCCUGCUGAUUUUGUAACAUCAGAUUCGAGAAAUAAACAAGGAAUAGAGGCAGCCCACAACAACUUAAUACCACCAUCCCAUUUUACUUCGUGCCCCCAAACUUCCACUACAGUGACAAUGGCAGGGCCAGCAAUUGGGAGGGGAUCGCCAAUGACUUGGGGUAUGCCUAUGCAAGCAUCUCCUUUGGGCAUGGAGAAUGCCAACCCAUGGCUAACAAUUGCUCAAGCAAAACAAGAAAUUCUGGAACUACGUAAAACAAACCAGAGACUGAUGGAGCUACGUGGGAAUAGUUCAAGCGUGUGGACAUGUGGUCCACACCAAGAGGUCACUUCCAAGAUAAGUUCUGCUGACAGAAGUGACCUGCCGUCCAACUGCUGGAUUGAUACAGAGUGGAAGCUGGAAACAGAGAGGAUGAGGGCUGAAGUGGAGAACUUAAGAGGCCAAGUGGAUGCAUUAAAGGAAGCCAUAGGCCGACAGAGGGAUGAUAUUGUAAAGAGGGACCACUCCCUAAACAGGAAAAGUGAAGAACUGGAAGAGUUACGGGCUGAAUUGUGUCAAACCAAGACGGACCUCAGCGACACCAAAGCAGAACUGGGUCAGAGUAGAGCUGAACAAGAACAACUUUGUGUUGAGCUGGAGAAAUUAAAGAACAUGGAGGGGGAGAGAAACAGGCUGGAGGCUCAGAGGACAGAGACUGAGCUUUGCCAAAAGGAGACAUUUGAGGAGUCUUGCAAGCUGGAAAUCCUGAAACUCAAGGAAGAGCUUCUGCAGACACAAAGGAAACAUCAGGCCGAGUUGGAGCAGCUGUCCGUAAAGCACCAUACAGAGGUCUCUGCUCUUGGACAAACCAAUGCUGACCUGCAGGACAGACUGAGCUAUGCCACCGAAGAGAUUGCCAAUCUAGAGAGGCGUCUACAGCAAGUAUCUGAGGAGAGAGACAAGCUGACGGAAGAAUUAAGUCAAGUGGGGAAAGCAUAUGAGACUCAGUCAACUACACUACAGAGACUAAGGAAUUAUGUUGGACAGCUUGUUCCUGAGAGACAAGAAGAGGCUAAACAAAGUGAUAUGGUUCAGAAACUGGAGAAGGAGAAAGAGGCUUUGCAAGUGACUGCAGAGCUUUUGACAAUAAGACUGAGCUCUCUGGUUGACAUAUUGGCCAUACAGGAGAAGGAAAUGGGAGACACGAUCCGAUCAGAUCCACUUCUGAAAGUUGGUUCAAAAGCCAGUCAAGUACUCCGGUGCUGGAGGGAGAAAGUGUUUGUCCUGCUGGUGCAGCUUCGUUCAAAGGACAUUGAGCUACGAGGGGAGAGGGUUAAACUUCUCUCUACAAUUUCCACUCUGGAACAGGAGGUGAAAAGGCUGAUGAAUCAGGCGAGCAUGUUCCAGCACAGCUUACAAGACAGGAUUGCUGAGCUUGACCUGGAGAGAGUCAGAAGAGAGACUGCGGAGCGGGAACUGGCACAGGCCAUGGAUAAAAACGAGAGGCUGAAGGGAUUGAGCCAGGUGACAGGUUCGGCCGUGAAGACGAUGACUGAGGCAGUUCAAAGAUUCGGUCUAAUGUUUGAGGAUAAGGUUACUGAGGUACAAGCGGCUCAAAGACAUCUUCAUAGAUUGAACCAGAGGCUUACAUUUGCUAAGGGAAGGGUUGAAACAAUCCAAGGACUAGUGAUGAGAAGAGAGGCCCUAUGGAAAGUGCAACAAGCUUCCAAACUGACAGACCCUGCCUCUGAAUGCCAGCACACAGAGUUGGCACUAGUGUGUGAGGAAAGGGACAACCUUGUGCAAGAACUGAAGCGCACCCCAGAUCUCAUAGAGAAGGCUCUCUCAGAAGCACAUAAACGGUUUGAGUCUGAACUGAAAGAGUUGAAGCAGUCCUUGCUGCAGAGUAGGGAGAAGGCCCUUAAGGCAGAGGCAGGCCACUCCCAGGCACUGCAGAAGCUGCAGGAGGCCCACACAGAUAUGGAGGAGCAAACCAAGAGUCUCGAGGAGCUUCGGGCUGAGCUGGUCAACCAGCAGGAGCAGAGUGAGAGAGCCCUACGAGAGAAGGUAUCUGAGACAGAAGCUCGCUUUGUGCAACAGCUGAAGGAACUGGAGUCUCAACUGAAUACAGCGAGACGAGAGCACACUAAGGCCGUGCUGACUCUAAGGCAGUCAGAGAGGCAGGCAGAGAGAGACAGGGAGCGAUUGAGGGAGAUGCAUCUCCUACAGGAUGAACAGAUCCAGAAGGAAAUGCAGGAAUUACAGAAGCAGCUCCAGGAAACGGAUAAAGAUAGAAACAUUCUUUUAGCAAUAGUACAUGAAAAUGGAUUCUUGGACCAGUGGAAAAGGGCGAGGACCACAGCACUUUACACAUCCAGAGCCCUAGAAGCACAGCACCAGAGCAGACCCGGAGGAAAGGCCGUGCAUUUUGAAUCCAAAGUGAAGCCACUCACUAGAGAAAUGACGUCUGUCCUGCAUGACCUGCAAGCUCUAAGUGCCUCUGUUGUCAACAGCUCAGAGAUCUCCAGUGAGGAAGAUGACAAUGGAGAGACCAGUGGGCCUUCUAAAGAAACCGUAGAAGGCCCAUCACAAAACAAUUCCAAAAAUAAGUAAUUUUUAUGAAGAUAUAUCAGUUUUGAGCCAACCGUAAAAAUCUGUCAGUCUACAAAUAAAAAUAGCACAGUGUCCUUGAAAUCAGAUUUUCAGAUAAGGUGUGAAAUUGAGUAUGUAUAGUGCUUUUGAGGGCAAGGCUGUUUUCCAUGACUUCUUGAUUUCUUCAUUCAAAAUGGUGGAGGUGUAGGUUGCUCAACAAAUCGCAGAGAAGUCGUCCACCAUACAAAUCAAUAGCUUGGCAACCAACCAGCAUUAGGCAAGACAUGCAUACUGUAUGUUUUACAGGGCUUAAGUCUCACAAACAAUCAAUGGCUAAUUUUUGUAUGGUUUAUAUCACUUAUUUUACAUUAUGGCCUCCCUGUCCUUUCCCCAGAUUGUUAAUUUGCCUGAUAUUUGUUGUCCUGCUGUCUAAAUGUACCCUUGGUAAUUUAUUAAUAAAUGUUAAUGUACAUUUAGGAAA